GCCAACUGAGCCACAAAAGGCUGCCUUCCCACCUAAAGGUGCUCAAAGUCAGCUCAGAGGCCUCUCACUUAACGUGGCGAGUGCGCACCACCGGUGAGUGGAUUCAUGGUGGGAAGGGGCGGCGUGGCGCAUAGAUGCCGGGUCUGUUGGUGGGUGCUAUGAGUGACGGUGGCAGCUGCGGAGCUGGAAGAAGAAUAUUCUCGUGGGACUCGCGGUUUUGCAGCGCCUGAUCUGGAGGCAACGUGAGGAGCGCACAUACCUCCAUAAAAACGGACCACAUGACCCUCCGUCUUGCGCCCGACAGCUGCUGAGGAGCUGCCCGGUUGGUAAGAACUAGCGCCGGGAUAAAGAGAGAUACUUAAUUUUUCAUGGGUCCGUAGUAUGGGAGCGCUAUGUUGUCCAGGAAAGGACUCAUUCCUGAGGAUUACUUGCUCACACGUUUGGCUGAGAAUGUCCAGCAGCCAAAGUUCAAGGCCAAACCGAGGAAAGCUCGCUUUGUCGCCAAGAAUGGCACCUGCAAUGUAGCACACACCAACAUCCGAGAGCAGGGCCGAUUUUUGCAGGACGUCUUCACUACUCUGGUGGAUUUAAAAUGGCUCCACACUCUCAUCAUUUUCACCAUGUCCUUCCUAUGCAGUUGGCUCCUGUUUGGGAUGAUCUGGUGGCUCAUUGCCUUUGCGCACGGCGACUUGGACCAGACAGACGACGACUUUGUCCCGUGCGUAACGGACAUCCACUCCUUCUCCUCCGCUUUCCUCUUCUCCAUAGAGGUGCAGGUGACCAUCGGCUUCGGGGGCCGUAUGGUCACUGAGGAGUGCGUCUCCGCCAUCAUCGUCCUGAUCACGCAGAACAUCGUUGGGCUGCUCAUUAACGCCAUCAUGCUCGGCUGCAUCUUCAUGAAAACUGCGCAGGCCAAUCGGCGCGCAGAGACGCUCAUUUUCAGCAAGCACGCCGUUAUCUCUGUGCGGAACAAUAAACUGUGCUUCAUGAUCCGCAUCGGGGACCUGAGGAAAAGCAUGAUCAUCAGCGCCACCGUGCGGCUGCAAGUGGUCCGGAACACCUCCACAGAGGAGGGUGAGGUGGUGCCUCUGGACCAGGUGGACAUCCAUAUGGAUAACCCGGUGGGCACCAAUGGCAUCUUCCUGGUGUCCCCACUAAUUAUCUGUCACGUGAUGGACAAGGACAGCCCUCUAUAUUCGAUGUCCGCUUUCGACCUUCAGCACGAGAACGUGGAGGUGGUCGCGGUGCUGGAGGGGGUGGUGGAGACCACGGGCAUCACCAUGCAGGCCAGGACCUCCUAUGUUUCGGAGGAGAUCUUGUGGGGUCAGCGCUUCGUGCCCACAGUCUCGGAGGAGGACGGCAUGUACGCGGUGGACUACUCCAAGUUCGGGAACACGAUGAAGGUCCCGACUCCCUUCUGCAGCGCCAAGAAGCUGGACGAGGUGGGAGGCAUCGCUCGCUUUAAGCUGGCCGAGGGCGUCACCCUGCGGGCGACCGUGAGAAGGCGACGGGCCUCCGCGGCUUCCCGCAGAUCCCGGAUGGACACUUAAAAAGUGAACUAUGUUAAACCAUGUCUGCCAGACUGCCAGCAUUUUAUAUCAGAAUGAAAUAUUGUUAAAGAUGGUUAAAAGACAAAUAUGAUAUAUAUAUAUAUACGCACAUUAAGAAGCUUUUUACUCAGGGUUAGGGUGAACACUCGCAGAGAGAUUGCACUGAGAAUAACAGUAGGCCUAUAACUCUUAUAAAAACUGAGGAGUUCUGGUACCCAGAAUGAAAAGAAAGUCCAGUUUGGCUUUGUUUGAUUCUUCUUUUUAAUCAAAAGUGACUGCAUUUAUUUAUAAGCAAUAAAGGAGAAUGCCUGAUGUCAAGUGUGUCUUUAAGGAGUCUUACUCAUGAUUUGUAGAAAGGACACUGACUUUUAGUACUUUCAAGCCCAACUGAUGAUAUACAGAUAUUUCGGUCUAAAAAUCCAGUAUGCCUAAUCACCUUGCAGCAUUUUGAUAUAUCUAACCCUAAAUUGAGACCAAGAUAUGCGCUAUACAUUUUUAUAUGUGUCAUAAGUCACUGUCAAUAGAUACACUUUGUCAGAUUUAUUGUUUUAGAUCUACUCAUGAGAGAAAAAAAGGAAAAAACCCAACAGCUGAUGAGAUGUUCUGACUUUUGCUCCCUAUGAUUCAAUCUUCAAAAACGCAAUCCUACAUUUCCAAUAAUGCAACCAACUUUUAAUUUGACCCUCCCUUUCUGGUUGACCUUAGCACUUUUUAAAUGUUAUGCACCCAGUUUGCAAAAACACAGGCUUACCGUUACCAGUUUUUACUUCACAGAGCUCCUUCAGAUACAGAGCGCAUUGCAAACUGUGUUUACAAACCGAGCAGCACUCCUCAUGACCUGUGAACGGUAAAAUACGUUGAGUUCCCCUUUAAAAAUAGCAUCGUGUUUAUGAGGCUGAGCACAAGACGCUCAUGUUUCUUCCCUCCUGAAUAAUUAACACACAGAUAAAAAAAGACCAGAGUCAAAAUGGCAUUUCUCUCUUUUAUUAGAUUAUAAUCCGCAGAGCUUAAAAUAUUAAAUUGCUUUUAACUUAGUUAAUAAUUAAAAUACAUAAAAACGAGAGCCAAAACUGAAGAACCCUGCAAAAAAAAUAAAAUAAAAAUAAAUAAAAAAGGAGAAUUAUAAACCCAAUCCUCCUCCAUACAGAGGCUAUGUCUGACCGAACCCGAAUGCGAUUCUUUGUACAGUAAAGUCCAAGCAGACUGUGCAUUUUCUAUACAUGUGUAAUGAUACCAUUAUUGUUUUUAUCUCUGAACUAAUCUUCCUCUGAUAAUCUUUUUUAAAAA